CCACUUUUCCCGCCGGAUAUGCUUUAUGCACACGCAUUUCUGGGAAGCGGAGCGGUGGCACCGGUGAAUUCGCGGCAUCGAUUCCGGGACAUGUCAGAUGCGCCACGAAUCAGUGCUGGUUUGGGGCUGACAUUUCUGAUUCGGCAUUUCAUACGCCUGGAACUCAAUUAUGUCAUUCCGCUGAGUGCUAACAUAGCAUCAACAGAGUUCUUUGAACAAGAGCAGUAUCACAACUGCUGCAGAGAUUUUUUGUUUUUGGCGCUCGAUGAUUUAAUUUCUGCGUUUAUGAUUCAAAGGUUAUUUGUAAAAGUGGAAGAGCGCAUGGUCGGUGGACGAUUGGAGUCGAAUAGUGGUUUUGAGGAGGUGAGGAGCCACUGGCAAUUACGCUGUUAUAUGUCAACCAAACGGACGCUUACGUUUGUAACUGGUAACGUGAACAAAGUGAACGAAGUACGUGCCAUUCUUGGCGACCUGUUCACGGUAGGCAUUGCUCUCGGCGUAUCGCGCUUGUGUUUGGGCCCAUUAGAAUUUCUCGCAAAGUUUCUUCAAACGAAAAAUUGA